AUGGCAACGACGUUAGGGGCUCCCUGGGUGGAGAAGUAUAGACCGGAAACGUUACAAGAUAUAAUUUCACACGAAGACAUAAUGUCUACGCUUAUGGUUUUCGCCGAAAAAGGACAGCUUCCACAUUUACUAUUUCAUGGUCCUCCAGGUUCUGGAAAGACAUCCACAAUAUUGGCUAUAUCUCGUUAUAUGUAUGGAAAUUCGCGAAACGGGUUUGUUCUAGAGUUAAACGCCUCAGACGAGAGGGGAAUAGACACAGUUCGAGAUCAGAUAAAGGCAUUUUCAGAGACUUCAAACACUUUUACAAGCUCAAUACCAGUUGAAGAUCCACCCAGAACAAACUUAAAGUUAAUAAUAUUGGAUGAAGCUGACCAGAUGACAAAUGCAGCUCAGAAUGCACUAAGGAGAAUCAUGGAAAUAUACUCAAACAAUGUUAGGUUUUGCCUAAUCUGCAACUUUAUGAAUAAGAUCAUACCACCGAUUCAGUCAAGGUGUACUGGAUUCCGAUUCCAGCCUUUGAAGCCCGAUGUAGUUCGUGAGCGGACAAAGGAAAUCGCUAAACUAGAAAAUGUUAAAAUCACUGACUGUGCUCUGGAUGCUCUUGUGGAAAUAGGCCAAGGAGAUAUGCGAAGAGUACUAAACUGUCUUCAGGUCACUUCAAUGUCACAUUCUAGCAAAACUGAUUUCACUGUAGAUGCAAAUCUUAUACUUUCAACAUCUGGUCUUCCUCAAAGUAGUGAAAUUGACCAUUUGCUCAAAAGUCUCAUGCAGAAUACAUUUAAGGAAUGCAUAUAUGAGCUGAACCUUUUACACCAUAAAAAGGGACAUUCACUCGAAGACAUUGUCAAGGGGCUUUACAAGUGUGUUGUUAAAAUCGACUGGCCUAAUGUACCCAUUAUUCAACUUUUAAUUAGACUUGCUGAUGUUGAGGAAAGACUAUCUGCUGGAGCCAACUCUAACAUCCAAAUCGCCUCCAUAGUUAGUGCCUUUCAGGAAUCAAGAUUUGAAAUUGAACGCAUUAAAUUCGACCUUAAUCUUAACUAA